UCGACGCUCUUUGUGUUGAAUGUGAUCAGACAGCGAAACGAAACACACAGACCGUUGUCAGGUGCCUGGAAUCGCACCGACGCCGAUCACACCGCAACCGCCGGCUUUUCUCCAGCCUUUAACGUCCACAUCGCCACCUUAAAUCUUUAAUCAGCGUCUUCAUUGCGAUGGAACCUCCUUUGGGCGUGUCUUUGGUAUGAUUGACAGCCUGCGCUGAAAGGAAUGGGCUACAGCAAAGGAAGUAGACCACGUCCAAAAACAUCAUGAGGCUCAACUCAUCCUGAAUCGCACGUUCUGCACACGAUCACACAAACGAACUUCCUCGCCAUGGGCUCCGUGUACCUGUGGAAGUUGUCCUCCCAAAAGCUGGGAUUCUUCCUGGUUAGUUUCGGCUUUAUUUGGGGGAUGAUGCUGCUUCAUUUCACCAUUCAGCAGAGGGCCACACACGAAAGCAGCGCGCAACUGCGUAUGCAAAUAUUGGACCUCAGCAAGCGAUAUAUCAAAGCCCUCGUCGAAGAGAACCAAAGCGUGAUGGACGGACCAUACGUAGGCACCAUGACGGCAUACGAUCUGAAGAAGACGUUAGCUGUACUUCUGGAUAAUAUAAUGCAGAGAUUAUCAAAGCUGGAGUCUAAAGUGGACAAUAUCAUGUACAAUGGCACCAGUGCCAACCUGACCAAUGGAACAGGGACCCCGGGGCCGAACCCCAUCAACCCAGAGAAAGUCAACGUGGCAGACCUGCUGAACGGAGCACAGGAGAAAUGCGAACAACCCUCGCUCGACGGCUUUCCGCAUUGUGAAGGGAAGUUGAAGUGGAUGAAGGACAUGUGGCGCUCGGACCCCUGCUACGGCAACUACGGGGUGGACGGAUCCACCUGCUCUUUCUUCAUUUACCUGAGUGAGGUUGAAAACUGGUGCCCUCGCCUGCCGUGGAGGAUUAAGAAUAAUGCUGAUGAAGCUGACAGGAAAACACAGACGGAGAUCCGCACGAGUUUCGACGAGCUGUACCGCGUGAUGUCGCGGCGCGAGGAGUUUCGCUGGAUGAUGCUGCGGAUCAAGCGCAUGGAGGAGCCGUGGGUCAGUGCCGUCCGCUCCCUUGCCACCAAACAAAACCUCCACAACCGCAAGCGCAAAAAGAUCCUGGUGCACCUGGGUCUGCUGACGAAGGAGUCUGGUUUUAAGAUAGCGGAGAACGCGUUCAGCGGCGGUCCUCUGGGCGAGCUGGUUCAGUGGAGCGACCUGAUCACCACGCUCUACCUGCUCGGACACGACAUCCGCAUCUCAGCGUCCCUCGCCGAGCUCAAGGAGAUCAUGAAGAAGGUCAUGGGCAACAAGUCCAGCUGCCCUACGAAGGGCGAUAAAAUUGUGGAGCUCAUCUACAUAGACAUCGUGGGUCUGGCUCAGUUCAAGAAGACUCUGGGCCCGUCCUGGGUCCAUUAUCAGUGCAUGCUGAGGGUCCUGGACUCGUUCGGGACGGAGCCGGAGUUUAACCACGCCCACUACGCCCAGUCGAAAGGCCACAAAACUCCGUGGGGCAAGUGGAACCUGAACCCCCAGCAGUUCAACACCAUGUUUCCUCACACUCCAGAUAACAGCUUCCUGGGCUUCGUGGUGGAGCAGCACCUGAACGCCAGCGACGUGAAGCACAUCGACGACGUAAAGCGACAGAACCAGUCGCUGGUUUACGGCAAAGUGGACAACUUCUGGAAAGAUAAAAAGAAAUACCUGGACGUCAUUCAUUCGUACAUGGAAGUGCACGGCACGGUCCACGGCACGAGCACGGUCCACCUGCCGGCCUACGUGAAGAACCACGGCAUCCUGAGCGGACGGGACCUGCAGUUCCUGCUGCGCGAGACCAAGCUUUUCGUAGGGCUGUCCUUCCCGUACGAGGGCCCCGCCCCUCUGGAGGCCAUAGCCAAUGGCUGCGCUUUCCUCAACCCGCGCUUCGACCCGCCUAAAAGCAGCAAAAACACCGAUUUCUUCAAAGGGAAACCCACACUCAGAGAGCUGACCUCUCAGCACCCUUAUGCGGAGGUUUACAUCGGGCGGCCCCACGUCUGGACCGUCAACAUCGAUGAUCCGGCCGAGGUGGAGAACGCCUUAAAAGCCAUCCUCAGUCAGAAGAUCGAGCCGUAUCUGCCGUACGAGUUCACCUGUGAGGGGAUGUUACAGCGCGUCCACGCUUUCAUCGAGAACCAGGACUUCUGUCACGGUCAGGUGAUGUGGCCUCCUCUCAGCGCCAUGCAGGUCAGGUUGGCUCCGGCAGGUAAAUCGUGUAAGCAGGUGUGUCAGGAGGAGCAGCUCAUCUGUGAACCUUCCUUCUUCCAGCAUCUCAACAAAGACAAGGAUCUGUUCAGGUAUGGUGUGGAGUGUAAGACGGUGGAGUCUUCCAGCGAUAUCGUGGUCCCCGCCUUCAGCGAAUCGGCGCGACAUUGCGUGUUCCAGUCAGACCUGCUUCUGUUCAGCUGCGCCGGGGCCCACCAGUCCCUCACGCGCAUCUGUCCCUGCAGAGACUACAUGAAAGGACAGGUGGCGCUGUGCAAGGCCUGCUUAUAACACACGCACCUGGGCAACUCCGUACGAGCGACCCGGCGGACCGUCGGCCGCCGCACCGGAUCGAUACGUUGCGGGCGGCGUCGGGAGUCGUGACGUGCGGCGACGCGAUUAAAGAAUUCGGAGCAAUUCAACUCUCGUUUUAUUCCCACGAACUCGGCAGAAGCGGAAAAACGCUGGAGCGCGGCAGCUCUCGGCUCUCGGCCGAAAAAAAACAAAACAACAACGAUGGAAAGAGAAUAAAAGGAUUUUCUUUUUGCUGGAUUUAUAUAUUUUUUUUUUGUUUUGGCGUGAACUUGAACUAGUUUCAGGCUGACAUACUUGAAGCGGACUGCAGGGAAUCAGAACUGCACACUGCCCCCUGCUGGCGUGGAGGAAACACUGUACCGACCUUUUAUUAACCUGCUUCUUCAAUCUGCUGUUUUGUUUCGUUUUUUUUUUUUCGAUUUUUCUUCUCUCUCUGACAGUGGCUUUUAUCGUCUGAAAAAGCGUCUUCGACCGCAUCGAAGGUUGCGUGUUUAUUUGUUCGACCUUCGCGAACGAAAUCUCCCUGCUUUUACACUGAAACUAGACUUUCCGUAUACCGGCUCGCGUUCACAUGUAAAUAACGGGAGCGCUGAAACGUAAACCUGAAACGGUCCGUUUCAUUCUGCAUGGUAUAGUUUAUUUAAUAACAGCACGCGCUUAGCGAAGCGUGUUAAAUAUGGCAGUACGGCACCAGUCGACUGCCAGGCGCUAUGAACUAGAGCAUAAACCAAAACUAACCGUUAAACUGGUCGACUGAAUUCAACUAAACCGGGACACGUUUCGCUGUUGCGUUAAUUGGCAAAAGUGACCGAGUUUACCUGAAUUAACACUAUAUCACGGUUUUCAGAUGCUCGGUGUGCGGAUAAGGUCAAUACCAAUCGCAGAUAUUUCCGUAAAAAAUUUACCUUUAUUUGUAUAAAAAAGAUAUAUCUGUAUAAAAAAAGUGUACAUUACUAGGAUGAAAUACUUUUUAUAUUUUGUGUUAAAAACACAAAUCGGCCUUGUUUUUCCUUUCGGUUCAUUUUCUCGAUUUUUGCCUGCCUGUUAUCGGAAAAAAACAUCAAAAUGAUUAGAGUCACUUGUGUUUUGGAAUGAAAAUGCACUAUAGCGAAGAUUUAAAAGCAGAUAUUAGGACACUGUACAUUUCUUUUAAAGUUUGUUUUUUAAUUUAUUUUGUAUACAGAUCUUUAUCUCCGCCUGUUGAUUUUUAUGUGACUAUUUAUAGAAAAUUCUUUAUAGAGGGAAAUAUUAUUUAUCAGACUAAUUUAAGCGUAGGCGCGCGCUUGUCCAGAGCACCGUCUGAAAAAAAAAUAUGCAUUUGGAUUUAUUAUUAAUGCUUGGUGGGAUAUCAGUUCGGUUACCAAUUUAUUCUUUAAAAA